AUGGAGAAGGAAGGCGAUAACUCGGGGGGUUGGCGAUUCGCGCAGUGCUUCGGUGACAAAGGGGAGGUAGAGGACAUCACAGAGGCGGACAUCAUCUCCACUGUCGAGUUCGAUCACACUGGCGACUACUUGGCUACAGGAGAUAAAGGUGGACGAGUGGUUUUGUUUGAACGAAACGAAUCGAAGAAAGGCUGCGAGUACAAAUUCCACACGGAGUUCCAAUCGCACGAGCCAGAAUUCGACUACUUAAAGAGUUUAGAGAUCGAGGAGAAGAUCAACAAGAUCAAAUGGUGUAGACGACAAAAUGCGGCACACUUUUUGCUCAGCACAAAUGACAAAACGAUCAAGCUGUGGAAGGUAUUUGAAAAGUCGCUACAGGUUGUUGCAGAGAACAAUCUAUCAGACGGCUUCCGCACGUCGCAGCAAGCGCAUGCGGCGAAUAUCGGGGCGAUACAUCCAUCGCUGAUGGACAUUCCACAGCCGGUGAUAGGCAGCGGGACACAUCUUCGCUUACCGCGGCUGACGCAUCACGAUACCAUCAUCGCUGCUGUACCACGAAAGAUCUACGCCAACGCGCACGCCUACCACAUCAACAGCAUCAGUGUCAACUCGGAUGGGGAGACGUACAUCUCUGCGGAUGACCUGCGGAUCAACCUGUGGAACUUGAACAUCAGCGAUCAGAGCUUCAAUAUUGUCGAUAUCAAGCCCGUCAACAUGGAAGAGCUCACGGAGGUCAUCACCGCUGCCGAGUUCCACCCUGUCAACUGCAACAACUUCGUCUACUCGAGCUCAAAGGGAACGAUCAAGCUUGCCGACAUGCGAGACUCGGCUCUGUGCGACCAGCAUGCGAAGCAAUUCGAGGAGGAGGAAGACUCGUCGAGCAAAUCGUUUUUCAGCGAGAUCAUCAGCAGUAUCUCCGACGUCAAGUUCAGCCGAGACGGGCGGUACAUCCUCUCUCGCGACUAUCUUACGUUGAAGAUCUGGGACGUGAAUAUGGAGAGCAAGCCGGUCAAGACGAUCCAAAUCCACGAACACAUCCGCUCCAAGCUGUGCGACCUGUACGAGAAUGACUCGAUCUUUGACAAGUUCGAGGCGCUGUGGGGGCCAGAUAACAGCAAGGUGCUCACGGGCAGCUACAACAACUACUUCCACAUCUUUGACAAGGACGCGGAAGAAGGGAGCAACGGCAUCGUGCUGCAGGCGGACAAGAGCGCGUUCAAGGCGAAGAAACUGGCCGGCGCCAAAGGUAAAGGGUGGAAGAACCACGGCGCCGGAGCGGUCACCAACAUCAACGUGGACAAUGUCGACUUUAACAAGAAGAUCCUGCAUGCCAGUUUUCAUCCACGGGAGAACACGAUUGCGAUCGCGGCCACCAACAACCUGUUCAUCUUCUCUGCGCUCAACUCUUCUUCCGGCGCGUCGAAUCAAGCAACGGCAUGA